GUUCAGAAACGUCAUCUCCGGGAAGGUUCCACACCCAUGUCUACUUUCAGAGGAUGUCCGCUAACAUCUCAAACUUCUCGUUUCCUCAUCACCUUAAAAGAAUACGGCUAAAUUAAUCAGCAGUCUUCAAGAGCGUCUGAAGCCAUCUUCACCUGAAUAUCCGUUCAUUGAUUGCAUCAUGGCCAACCACCCAAACCACCAUGAAGCGGCCUACUUGUCCCUAACUAGAGGUUUGAGAGAACUGGACCUCCGCGGUCCUUGUGUACCCAGUGACCUGGUGCUCAUUGGGGACCACGCUUUUCCUUUGGCGAUGAACAGCCAAGGCCAGGUCCCGAUGGCUGCCUCUCUGUAUGGCAAAGGAAGAAUUGUAGUUCUGGGUCAUGAAGACUACCUGUUUGCUUUUCCUGCCCUGGUGGAGAACGCCCUGACCUGGCUGAGAGGUGACGGAUCAGACAACCUCUCUGUCGUGGUGCACAGAAAUGUCAAGACUCUUGCUGAAAACGUUGCCAGAUCCGGCUUCCAAACCCAAGUGGUAGAGGAGUUUAGCAGUAAACUUGGUUUUGGUGUGUAUGUAACCGAUGCAUACAGCGUGGGUGCCGACCCAAAAGCGCUUGUGGCAUUUCUGAUGGCUGGAGGUGGGGUUCUGAUAGCAGGCCAGGCGUGGAGCUGGGCUGCAGAUCACCCUCAUGAGAACGUCCUGCACCAGUUUGAAGGGAACAGGGUGGCUGGUGUCGCAGGGAUCUACUUCUCAGGGAAUGUGGGGGAACUGGAGAACCUGCCUGUGUAUCCUCAGAUCCCGACCUCCUGGAUGGCUGCCAUGCUUGGUAAAGAUUUUGAGGAUGACUUGGAGUUUUUACUUCAGGGAAUCUCCGAGUUUGAGAUUCCCAGUGGUCUGUUAGCCUCAGAGGUUCUGAUCCACGGGCAGUUAGCCUUCCCCAUCGGGACCACGGACGAUGGACGCGCCUUCCUUGCAGGAGCCUACUAUGGUCAAGGCCGAGUCAUUGUGGCCACACAUGAAGGUCUUCUGGGUAGACAGGAAUGGGCCUCGUUUUGGAAGAGUGCCAUUCACUGGUUGGAUGAAGGCCGCCAGGGGGUGAUUGGUGUCUCACUUGACCAUGCCCUCGGAGUUCUGCAGCAGUCCGGUCUCUCGUGUCAGAAGUCGGGUUUCAGGAAGGACCUGAGUGUGUUUGUGUGUUCGGCCUACGGCGGUGACCACGCGCAAGAAAUCCAAAACUUUGUGGCGGAGGGAGGAGGCCUGCUGAUUGGUGGACAUGCCUGGUACUGGGCGCAGACAAACUCUGGGAAAAACCCAUUGAAGCACUUUGCAGGGAACAAGAUCCUGAACAAGAUGGGCCUGAGCCUAAUGGGAGCUACCAUUUCAUCGGGGAAGUAUCAGGCGCCAAACCCCAAACAGGCCAUCAAAGAUAACUACCACUUCCGUCACCUUCUUACCCGCUUUGCCAGCCACGUGACUGCUGGCGACAACUUGAGCAAGCAGGAGGAGAAAUGCCUCAAAAAGCUGGGCAGCGAUUGUGCCACCUACCUGAGGAUGAAAGCUCACGACUCCUGCUUCUACAACCAGGUGGUGUCAACCAUGACGGACAUUCUGAAGAAGUCAGGCAUCCCCCAAGUGAGUGAAAAAUGCCCCGUCAAAUGCCCCAAAGAUCAUCUCCUUCUGAGUGUGGGGGCAGAAGUUUAUAAGAACUGCCGUGACCCAGAUGCCCUCUUGCCCUACCUUAUCAAGGAUAUGCCAUUAUUGCCAGUUGUGUACAACCAAAGGAUCAAUAUUGAUGUCAAAACCGCAGGUGAAAAAGAGUGGCUCAGUACCGGCCUCUACCUCUCCCCUGGUAUGAAGACCUACAUCUCUAUUCCAGCACAGAUGGUCCAAAAGGGAUGGCAGAUUCAGAUCGGGUGUCAGACCGACCAGCUGAACGCCGAGGAGCUGAAGAGGCCUCCUCGAGUUCACGAGCAGUUCGCCGUGACCUCAGAGAUGAUGCAGGUGUGGAACCUGUGGGGGGGGCUCAUCUACCUGGUGGCCCCGCCUCAAGCAGACGUUCAUGGAGUGGAGGUCAUAGUGCAGAUGGCUGUCCCUGCACCCUAUUACAAAUCAGGUGUGACAACAGCAGAAGCUUGGUCGCUGCUGCGCACGGCUCCUUCCCCCUGGGCAGAGCUGGAGUUCGACAACAUCAUCCUCACCGUGCCGUCGGAGGCGGUUCGCACCCUGGAGCGCCCCGAAGAGUUGGCGCAGCUGUGGAACAAAAUCAUGAAGGCCAUCGCCGACCUCGCCGCCAAGCCGGAGAAAUUUCCCCGCAAAGAGCGAUUUGUAGCGGACGUGCAGAUUUCCCACGGUUGGAUGCACGCCGGUUAUCCCAUCAUGGGCCAAAAGUCUGCUGUGAAUGAGCUGGUGAAUGUGGACCACAUGAAGUCAUGUGGUCUUUGGGGGCCCAUCCACGAGCUGGGACACAACCAGCAGAGAGGCUGCUGGGAGUUUCCCCCAAACACAACCGAGUGCACGUGCAACCUGUGGUCAGUGUACGUGCACGAGGAGGUGCUGGGGAUCGACAGGGCCAAGGCUCAUCCAAACAUGAGUUUGGAAAACCGAAAAAGUCGAGCAAGAAACUACGUCACACAGGGCAGGAACCUGAACAGCUGGGAAAUGUGGGUGGCCCUGGAGACGUACAUGCAGUUACAGGAUAAGUUUGGCUGGGAUGCCUUCAAGAAGGUGUUUGCUGCCUACCUUCAAAUGAGCCAGUUCCCAGGGGACAACCCCGGAAAGAUGAACCUGUACACGGAGACCUUCUCCCAGACGGUGGGGAUGGACCUGACUGCGUUCUUCAAGGCCUGGGGGUGGCCCAUACAAGCAUCCACGGAGCAGAAACUCUCCAACCUGCCCUCGUGGAGUGAUCACCCCAUGGCCCAGUACAGCUGAAGGCGUCAGAAGCGUGUCUGUCGAUAAAGGGGUUAAUAAAAUAAAGACAUUUAGUGUGUGUCCAUUUAGCUCUUUGAGGCGUUUUCCUUCAUGGACACAACAGGAAUUAGGUUCAUUGAGCUUUCUGCACUUGAUUUUCUGCUUCUGCUUGUGAACUUUUAGGAAGACACAAACAUGCUGCACUGUAACUCUGCUUAAUGCUUCUUUUUUUGAACUGUCAAGUUAUCCAUGAGAACAUCUUUUUUGUUGAGAAACAGAUGAAGCGACAAUGGUUGGAGGGUGUGAUGGACUAAUAAAGGUUGUUUUAUUGGAUGCAGAACAGGUGACCCGAUCUUCAGGCAGGUGGGCGAGGGCGACCCCGACACCUGACAGACUGAGUAACAGCUGCUUAUGGGGGUCUAUGGGAUAUUGGCUUCUUGGGACCAGCAGGUACUUCAUGUUAGAAACGCCAGGAGGGAGGAGUCACCCAGUCCAGUUCUCUUAUACAGUCAAUGUCCCGAAUUCCCAUUACAUUGAUAUGUCUCUUAAAACAACUCAUGCCAUGGCUGUAUGUGAUCUGAAACCAGUUCCUUUUUGUUUGUAAUCCUCAUCAUUUGGAGCCAUCAAAUGAUGAGGAUUGAUAAAUCAUGCAAUAAAAAUGGUUAUGGUAGAACAGGGGUGGUAUUAAGUAAAUCCACUCCCUUUCAAGCAAUAUUUAAUUGAAUGUCUAAUUUUCCUAAGUUUCUACAUCUUUGUAUUUAUGUAUAACUGCUGAUUGCUUUGUUUUGUGCAUUAUUCUUGCUUUGAGUGCAAUAAACCAUCUCAAAAUCA